AUGUCUUUCUCGGCGUCCCGUAUGCUUUUGCGCACCCCCCAGAUUGGCCGCCUCGCUGUGCGCCACGCCUCGACCACAUCCGAAGCAGCCAAUGCUGCCUCCAACGCCGCCUCCAAGGCCACAACCCAGGCCUCGCAGGGCCUCUCAAAAGUCUCGUCGUCGGCCGAGUCUGGCAUCUCAAAGGCUGCCGGAGCUGCCACCAACGCCAUGAACAGCGUCGGCGGUCGCACCGGUCAGGUCAUCAGCUUCGUCCAGUCCAUGAUUCCUCCCACCGUCUACUACGGCAAGGUCGGCCUCGAGCUUGCCAGACUCGUCGCCCGCGGCCAGAAGAUGAGCCCUCCUAACGUGCAGACCUUCCAGACCUACGGCCAGAACUUGAUGAGCGCCGUCAAGAACCCCAGCGCCAACAGCCCGUCAAACCCCUUCCAGGCCAUGCGCAACAUUGGCAGCUCCCAACUCCUUACUGCCGGCGUUGUGACGGCCGAGAUCCUCGGAUUCUUCACGGUCGGUGAGAUGAUUGGACGCAUGAAGCUCAUUGGCUACCGAUCGAGCUCUCACGACGAGCACCACUAG